AUGAUCCUGCUGCUUGGCACAUUCAUCUUGGCAGGUUCAGAAGCAGAUGUGUGGUGGACAGGUCUAGGAGCAUCGCAGAAAGCUACAUGGGCGCAAGCCAAAACAGAAUUCUUAAUGAAAUGGCCAGCAAUAGUCAUUGCAGGAAAGACACAGAGGGAGUAUCAGAAGGACUUACUAGAGCUGCAAUUCAAAGAGGAAGAGGUUGGGGAAUGGGUCACAGUAGCAGGGAUCACAACAUGGGCACACAUCCAAUUCCACAACAAGUUAAAGACACUUGUGAAGGAUGCAGGAGUAGAAAAUGUACCCAUUCUAAUCUAA